AUGACGCUUGUUAUGAACUGGGGUUCUUUCCUCCCUAGCAUGGCAGCUACCAAUGCACUUUACGAUGGGAAAUCACAGCCGCUCCUCUAUAAUACUAGCACGCACAAUCACUUUGAAGAGUCACCAACCAUGAAAGCUUUGAGAAUGAAUACCUCCGAAUCUGCCAUUAGUUACAGGUUUCUCUCACUCGAUGGGGCGGAAAACUCCGAUCUGGAUUUAGCGAGCUGUCUCAUGAUGAAUGAGCCCAUGGUCUCCUUUGGGUUCACCACCGGCAACGAUUAUAAAUCCGCUAGUAAUAGUAAUAAUAUGCGAAAACCUAUUUAUCUAGACUUCUCCCAAUUUGUAUAUGGGCCAGACGACGCGGAAGAAGAACCGGCUCUGUACGUCGAUAUAGAGUUUGAUGAAGAGUCUCCUGGAGUACAGAAUAAUGACAUCGGUCAAAUUCUCAAUAUUAACAGCUUGGUGGGCUCUGUCCAACCUGAUAACCUCACCUUGUCGUUCUUUGACUUUCCCCAUGCCUUGCAAAAUUUGGCCUUGGUGGAGAGUGGUCCAAGUCAGCUUGAGCAACAGAAGGGGAAUGAUCAAUUUCGCGAGUUCCUGUCACUCUAUCUUUCUGUGGUCUCUACUAUUGGAGGUGUCAUUGGUUAUGUGGCAGCGAUGGCCGAUAUGCCAGAUGUUGUUGAUGCGGCAGCCAACCUGGGCUUCAUCGUGGGUGUGGGAAAUACCGUGUUGGAAAUCCGUUCCAGUCUUGAAGAUCCAAGGAAUUCACGACUGGGUUAUUUUGCCCGCCUUUUGUGGAAGAUUUGGUCAAUGAUAAGAGGCAGUAAAAACGCGACGGAGGAUGAGUAA